UAUUUGUACAUGAGGCCGUGUGAUGUGACCACUUGUUACUUCACAAAGGUUAAUAAACUUCUUGGCAAUUUCAUUUUUUUGCUUGCCAGAAUAGGGGCUGAUAGCUGGAACUUUGUCUACUCCCCUAGAUGCAAACAGGAAACGUCUUCUGGGUUGUACAGUGAGGACCACGUAUUGUUUGAUCUGACAGGCUUCAGUUCUACUUGUUGUUUCUAACAUUUCCUCUUUUACUUAUUUUAUUUAAUUUUUUUGUCAAAGCAGGAAAAAAUAUAGAAGAAGAAAAUACGUCUAACCAUUUGAAUGUUACUUUGGAACCACUGCAUACUUCUGCUAGUGACCAGCUGAAGUAUUGGGGCUUGGUGGGACUUUAAACCUCAAGCACAUUUUCUCACAGAGAUGCCUUCAGAUCCAUGUCUUUGGGAACUUUUACAGAUGCCUGUGUGUGAUCCAUCUUGCUGCCUUCUUGCUCAGGAACACUGAAUAAUUACUAUAGGAAGUUGUAGUACAGACUUAUAUAUACACAGUCUUUGAAAGUGUUGGUGCCUACAGGAACGUCAGCUGCUGGACACUCGAGAGUGAUAAUGUUCUGCAGUCCAGCUGUGCGCUUCUGGCUACUGACGGCAACUUUGAAGAUCUCAGAACCUUUUAAUGUGGAUGUGAAGAAUGGUCUAUCCUUCAGUGGGUCGGUGGAGGACUUGUUUGGUUAUACUGUUCAGCAAUUUGAAAAUGAAGAAGGGAAAUGGGUGCUUAUUGGCUCACCACUGGAGGGUCAACCAACACGAAGAACAGGAGAUGUAUAUAAAUGUGCGGCAGAUGGGCUGUCAGGGUGUACAAAGGUUAACUUACCAAAAUCUACAACCAUUGCAAAUGUGACUGAGGUGAAAGAAAACAUGACUAUGGGAUCCACUUUGGUCAUCAAUCCUAAAGGCGGUUUUAUGGCUUGUGGACCUCUCUAUGCAUACAGAUGUGGCAGCUUGCACUAUACUACUGGAAUUUGCUCAAAUGUCAGUUCUACAUUUCAAGUUCUGAACUCAAUUGCACCAGGAGUACAAGAAUGUAUCAACCAACUAGACCUGGUGAUCGUUCUUGAUGGAUCAAACAGUGUCUACCCUUGGAUCAGCGUGACUGAAUUUUUACAGAAAUUAUUUCGAAAAAUGACAAUACACUCAACUCAGACACAGGUUUCAAUAGUUCAAUAUGGAGAAAACGUAACUCACGAGUUUAACUUGAAUACACAUUCCUCAACGGAAAGUGUGCUACAAGCAGCAAGCAAGAUAAAACAAAGGGGAGGCUCUUUAACAUUGACGGCUCUUGGCAUUGAUACUGCAAGAAAAGAAGCAUUUAGUGAAGAAAGAGGUGCACGUCGAGGAGUAAAGAAGAUCAUGGUGGUUGUAACAGAUGGAGAAUCUCACGAUGGUUAUCGCCUGAAGGAAGUGACUGAUGAAUGUGAAGAUGAUGGGAUUGAAACAUAUGCAAUUGCUAUUCUUGGAAGCUACAACAGAGGGAACAUCAGCACAGAGAAGCUGGUCAACGAGAUACUUUCCAUCGCAAGUGAACCGAAAGAAAAACAUUUCUUUAAUGUCUCCGAAGAGCUGGCCUUGUCAACCAUCGUGGAAUCACUGGGAGAAAGGAUAUUUGCUCUAGAAGCUACUAGCGAGCAGCAAGCAGUGUCCUUUGAAAUGGAGAUGUCCCAGACCGGAUUCAGCGCUCAUUAUUCCAAGGACUGGGUGAUGCUGGGUGCAGUUGGAGCCUAUGACUGGAAUGGAACAGUCGUCAUGAUUAAGUCUGAUGCUAUAGUCACUCCUGGAAAUAAUUCAUUUAAGACAAAGACACAAGAAAGGAACGAGCCUCUGGCGGCUUAUCUAGGAUACACUGUGAGUUCUGCCUCAAUACAUGGAGAAGAAAUCUAUAUUGCGGGACAACCACGAUACAACCACACUGGCCAAGUUAUUAUCUACCAAAUGAACGGACACAAAAUUAAUGUUCUCCAGACAUUAAAAGGAGAGCAGAUUGGGUCUUACUUUGGCAGUGUACUCACCACAGUGGAUGUUGACGCUGAUUCAGUCACUGAUAUCUUGCUGGUUGGCGCACCAAUGUAUAUGGGAAGUGAAAAGCAAGAACAAGGAAAAGUCUAUGUCUAUGGGAUUGAUAAGAAAACAUUUAAACUUCAAAUGACUCUGGAACCUCUGAACCAAACUUGUAAAGACGAUGCUAAGAAUGAGCCGUGCGGAGCUCGCUUUGGGACAGCAAUAGCUUCCGUGAAGGAUCUUAACCUUGAUGGAUUCAAUGAUGUGGCUAUUGGAGCUCCAUUAGAAGGAGAUCACAGAGGAGCUGUGUAUAUUUAUCAUGGAAGUGGAAGGUCUAUAAAGAAAGACUAUGCUCAGCGUAUACCAUCAGGUGGGGAUGGGGAGAAAGUCAAGUUCUUUGGUCAGUCCAUACAUGGUGAACUGGACUUAAACGGAGAUGGCCUAACAGAUGUAACAAUUGGAGGAGCUGGAGGUGCAGCUCUUUUCUGGUCCCGGGAUGUUGCAGAGGUGGAAGUCAGGCCGUUUUUUAACCCGGAUGUCAUCAAUAUGGAACAUAAAAAUUGCAAUAUGCAUAAUAAGGAGGCUGUCUGCAUUACUGCUAAAUAUUGUUUUGAUAUUAUUAUUAAAUCUGGGACAAACAAACAGGAAACCUUUGACCUGGAAUACAAAAUUACGUUGGAUUCACAUAGGUUCCUCUCCCGGAGUCUUUUCACAGAGACAAAUGGAAGAACUGUACAAGGCACUGUCACACGAAGUGGAGACUGUGUCAACCAUAACUUCUAUAUGGUGGAGAAGCCAGAUUUUCUAAACUCUGUCAACGUUUCGGUUGAGUUUAAUUUUAAGGAUCCAGAGGACGGUCCUGUUCUCAGCCAAGAACGACCAAACAUUGUAAAUGCCUAUCUUCCAUUCACCAUGGAUUGUGGAGCUAAGAAGAGAUGUGUAGCCGAUCUUGCAUUGGAUGCCUGGUUAACUAUAGGUGACACAAGUUUUAACCAGACAGUUGUAAAAUAUAACAAGGACAAGUUCCAUGUUACUGUAAUGUUAAAGAACAACUGGGACAGCGCGUAUAACCCUACUGUAACAAUGAGAUACUCCCCGAAUAUUAUACUAGCUGGAAUUGAGGAUAAGCCACAAGUGAGCUGUGAGUCAGAUACAGAUUUUGCCUGUAAAGUCGGAUACCCUUUCUUAAAGAGGGAGGAAUCGAUCAAAUUCACAGUAACUUUCCAGUUCAACAUCUCACACCUUCUGGAUACAGUGUCUAUACUUAUUACCGCAGUAAGUGACAGUGAAGAAAAGAACUUGGAUGAUAAUAGAAAAAACAUUACGUUUCCUGUUAACUAUGAGUCUUGGCUGACAUUUACUGGGUCAAAAAAAGAAAUACAUAUUAGUAUUCCUGCCAAUGAUACAGUCCCUUCUGUCAUUAACUCCACGGAUGCAAUCGGACCAGAAAUUAAUCUGCAUUAUAUGAUUAAGAGGAAUGAUCAUAUCCCAAUGCCCAGGGUCAAAUUCCGCCUUUCAUUCCACUAUAAGACGCCAGACAACAAUGUUCUCCUGUACUUGAGCAACGUGUCACAUUCUGAAAACGUGAACUGUGAUACCAAACAACUGUUGGAUCCUUUCUAUAUAAAUUAUGGAAGAACGUAUCAUUUGGACAAAUUUACAGAAAGUAUAAAGGAUACAAUAUUGGACUGCAAGAGAAACAGCUGCCCGGCAUUCUACUGCACUGUGGAGCCAUCGGACAAUACUCAUAUCAAUAUCUCCAUGCGGGUAUGGAAAGCAACGUUUAUUAAGGCCAGCAUCCACAGUCUGACCCUUGUGUUAAGCGCUGUACUGAAAAGUGACACUCCCAUCAUAGCCUUGAACCCCGAGAGCGAAAAUUUUGAGACAAUGAUUAAACUCUCUAAGGAGCUGGAGCAUGGCAAGGUGCCCAUCUGGGUCAUUCCACUGAGUAUAAUUAUCGGACUUCUCAUACUAGCUCUCAUCAUAUUUGCAAUGUGGAAACUCGGCUUCUUCAAAAGACCUCUGAAAAAAAAGAUGGAAGAAUGAGGAGCCAUCAUUCUCAAUCCAUAUUCUGCAAAUACUUGAACGUUGUCUCAGGAUUUUUCAUGGUGAACUAGUGAGAGAGGAAGUGAUAAAAUAAUCCCUUAGUUUUUUUUGCAAUUAUAGUUUUGAGAAACAGAUUACACAUACCACCAGAAAUGGAUUUGGAUCUAUGGACAUUGUAGGCUUUUGUCUAUUGGUGGCCCUAGGAGAAAGGGGAGAUAAAAUUACAUGUGUAAUUGAUUUGUACAUAUAUGUUUAUUAACCACUUACUGCUCAUUUUACAAUAUUUAAAUCUCCUUUCAUAGGACUUUUUUAGCCACUUCACACAAAACUCAAAGAAACACCCACUUUGGGUAUAGUUGUAUAAGCUCAGUCACUUUAAGUUCUGUUUUUCACACAAAUCGGAACGGUUGGAAGCUACGUUUGCCAUGUUGUGUGGAUCAGAGGAGGACGUCUGGGAGAUACAUGGGAGAGGCCAGAAAAGUCGCUAGGUGUUGUGAAAAGGACGCUGCAGACAGUGUCCUGCUUUACUGUAUGCAAAUAUUUUACCUUUACAAGACCUAUGGCGUGACCGACUUGCGGUGCAGAGUAUAAGGCUCCAAACACUCUGCGCCUACAGCUUCUUGAAAUGUAAAUCCGGUACUGCAUGCAUUGUGUUCUGGUAAGAUAAACCUUCAUGAACUUAUACCAGCCCUGGUCGAUGAAAUAUUCAUAGGAUGGUGGAGCCCACAAACCCCGGACAGAUAACGCUAUGCACCAUUGGUGGUCUGAAUGAGACUAGCGGUGGUCUGUUCAAAACUAAAGGCAUUCAUACAAAGAUCUGAUUAAUUUGGCAGUAAGAGAGUCAUGCCGAGAGUCCUUUCUUCUUCUCCAACCUUCUUGUUAGGCUCUUCCUCAUUUAUUUCCAUGUUACUCUGGUGCCUGAAGAGCUGUCCCUUUCAGUACACACAUGAAUCAAUGCAUGUUAUUAUGCAGAUUGCUAGGUGUGACUGUAGUUGGUGCUACAAGCUUGUAUUUUCUACCCUUCCUGUGACUCCAUCAGUUUGGACUCACUGAGGGCUCUAGAAGGGUCAUUGUCAUUACUCCAUUAGUUCUCCUGCCUGUAUCUGUAUACUGAGAGGGAGGCCUGUGAAGAACAUUCAUGUAUAAGGAAACAUAACGUCAGGCUGUUGUUUUCCAAGUCACAUUUUGUAACCUACUUACCUAAACAAUGUGUAUUAUAAUAUAUAUCAUGUUCCAUGGUACUAGGAUGUCACAUUGUACAGUGGGCAUUACUAAACUGCUGUCAUUUAGGUAUCACAUGAAAAACUGUCUAAUAAGCCCGUAUCAGGAAGGCAAAUGAGACCAUCCCAGGCAGCUCUACUUGUUCCAGGGUUAGUUCGCGAAGUGGUGGUGUGAGGGGUGUCACGGUGCUUCUACCUGGAUCUGGUGCUCCAACGUCAGACGGCAUAGCGGCUGCACAGAAAGUUCAUAAUUGGCAGGAACUGAAAUGAGUAAGGUCCAGAUUUGGAUAUAAGUUGAGCUGAUUUACUCAAUACUGGCAUAAACAGGUAGCAGCUCAUACAGAAUCACAGUAGCUUGUGGCCCCAGCAGGUUUUAGAGUGCACUGGCCGGUGAACUGGGUUCUUUCUUCUAUUACCUCUGUGCUGAACUCUCCCUCUUGUCUGGUAUCUUGUAAGGGGCCUCUUUCAUCUUGGCUACAUGCCACUGAUAGCAGUCCCAGUGCCCAGCAUGCUUCUGACCACACUUUGAUAGACUGUCAUGUCUCAGCUACAACUUUUACAACCCCUGGGCAGGGGCUGAUUUGACUACAGCUACAGAUUUCCACAGGUUGCCUGCUGUGCUUCCUGUUGGACUUCUAGGCCAAGACUGCACUACUUCUCAGACUCAGACUCAACUAACUCUCAACACCCCUCAAGACACCCCUCACCUUAGAAGACGUGGGCGAGUCCACUCCUCCAAGGAGGGGGAGAGAAUGGAAUGGUUAGUUGCAUUCUACCUAUAGCUCAUUGCCAGACAGACUGCCACUUACUGGUAAACCAGGCACAGUGCAUAAAAUAUAAUAAAUAACAGUUACAUAGCACUUUACGAACAGACCUGGAAACAAAAGACAUAAUGGUGUCACACGCUGGUUGGGCAUUAGCGACAAUAGCAGGUUGUAGGAAUGGUAGUGCCCGCUCUGGGGUACUACAUAUAUAGAGUAUGUGCUUUUUCUUAAUGAUUUUAGACAUUAAGAGGGGGGGAGAUUCUGCCCUCAUCCACUAAGCAUCCACGUGAGUCAUAAUUUAAAGCUCCUGUCCCUUUUAUUAUUAGCAAAGCCUCCCCCCCAGGAACCAGGGUUUGAGUGUGACUGCUACUGCUACACCCCCUAUACCUAAAUUCUGGCCAACAAUUUAAUUUUAUAUAUAUAUAUAUAUAUAUAUAUAUAUAUAUAUAUAUAUGGUAAAAAUAUGGCAGCACCAACCACAAAAAAUAAAAAUGGGUGCUAGCUCAAAGGGACAAGCUUACCCAAAUGUAUAAUGAA